AUGAGUCGUUAUGUAGCCAACGUAAUGGCAACUGCUGUGACGACGACUCACAGCCAUCUUUUGAAGCCUAGGGUUGCUCUAGCGGUGGCGUCAAAUGUUAGGGUUCCGGCGAUUGGUGGCGUGAGAGAUCUCAGCAAGAUGACAUUUGAGAAGAAGAAAACAACAACGGAGGAGGAGAAAGGAUCAAACGGUGGCAAGGCAAAGGCUGAUCAAGGUAACAAAGGGGAACAACUAAUCGUUAGUUAUUGGGGGGUGAAGCCAAUGAAGAUCACUAAAGAAGAUGGAACUGAAUGGAAAUGGAGUUGCUUCCGACCAUGGGAGACAUAUAAAUCAGAUCUGACGAUAGAUUUUAAGAAGCAUCAUGUUCCAUCGACAUUAUUAGACAAAUUAGCUUAUUGGACCGUUAAAUCUCUUCGUUGGCCUACCGAUAUCUUCUUCCAGAGGCGGUACGGUUGUCGAGCGAUGAUGCUAGAAACGGUCGCAGCGGUUCCAGGAAUGGUUGGAGGGAUGUUAGUCCACUGCAAAUCUCUCCGGCGUUUUGAACAAAGUGGUGGUUGGAUCAAAGCCUUACUCGAAGAAGCAGAGAACGAGAGGAUGCAUUUGAUGACAUUCAUGGAAGUCGCGAAACCCAAUUGGUACGAACGUGCCCUUGUGAUCGCGGUCCAAGGCGUUUUCUUCAACGCUUAUUUCCUCGGAUACCUAAUCUCUCCCAAGUUUGCUCACCGUAUGGUUGGAUACCUUGAGGAAGAAGCAAUCCACUCUUACACUGAGUUUCUUAAAGAACUCGAUAACGGUAACAUCGAGAACGUGCCUGCACCGGCUAUAGCUAUUGACUACUGGAGGCUUGAAGCGGACGCGACGCUUCGUGAUGUUGUCAUGGUGGUCCGUGCUGAUGAGGCGCAUCACCGUGAUGUCAACCACUAUGCAUCCGAUAUUCACUACCAAGGUCGUGAGCUGAAAGAAGCUCCAGCUCCUAUCGGAUAUCAUUGA